AGGGAGAAAGACAAUAGACUUUAAUCACUCAUGUGGUUGAGAGCUUUUGGCAAGCCAAGUUAUACGCGUGGAGAGAGAACAGAAAAAAAAACCCACAAGAGAGUAGAUAGAAACUGUACAAGGAAGGCAGAGAGGAGAGAAAGCGGAAGAGAGGAGACUGAGGAUAGGAAAGUUAUCAUUAGUGAAACCUCUGAGUGAAGACCAAUACAGACCAAGGAGAGAGAACAAGAAGAAAAUCAACACUUCAAGGAGGCUUGAGUGAUCCUUGAUCUUCAUCAUCUUCAUCCUCAACACCCGAAGACCCCCUGCUCUCAUUCUCCAUUCACUCUGAGGUCCAAACAGGAGUAUGCCCUGGUCUCCCCGUCCCCCCUGCCACUGAGCCGGGCGGCCAGCAUGAUCUCCCACUACCCUCUGGCUACCCUGCUUCCCUGGCCCUCUGCGCCCCACUACAACACCUGUCCUGACCUGGACUGCGCCCUGCUGCUGGACGGGGAGGGUGGCGUCUCCCUGCAGAGGUACCAGCCUCGCUCCCCAGAGAGCAGCCCACGCCACUGGAGCUCGGUCCAGGAUUGGGGGGAGGAAGUCGAGGAAGGAGCCAUUUACAAUGUGACGCUGAAGAGGGUUCAGAUCCAGCAGGCGGCUAACAAGGGAGCAAGAUGGCUUGGGGCGGAGGGCGAUCGUCUGCCUCCAGGCCACACAGUGAGCCAGCUGGAGACGUGCAAAAUCCGAAGCAUCCGCGCAGGAACACUGGAGCGUCUGGUAGAAACAUUACUGACGGCGUUCGGAGACAACGACCUCACCUACACCUCAAUCUUCCUUUCCACCUACAGAGCUUUCGCCAGCACACAGACUGUACUGCAAAUGCUGCUAGACAGGUAUGGAAGUGUGGGAGAAAAUGAACAAGCCACAGGAAAAUGCCAAGGCUCUGAAACCAAUGGAGCCAUCAGAAAUGCCCUGGCCUCCACCCUGCGAGCCUGGCUGGACCAGUGUCCUGAAGACUUCCAGGAGCCUCCUGACUACCCCUGUCUCCACAGACUCAUGGACUACCUGAGGAGGACUCUGCCAGGCUCUGAGGCUCUUAGACGGGCCGAGGGAUUGCUGGAGCAGCUGCAGAGUCAGGCCGGCAUGGAUGAAACUGAUGCUGGUUUUCAAGGUAACAGCUCUUUCUGCCUGGGAGAGGAAGAGGAAGUGGAGAUCGAGCUGCAGGAGGACUUUGUGUCGUUUGAUGCAGACUUAGUGGCAGAACAGCUGACCUACAUGGAUGCACUGCUGUUUAAAAAGGUGGUACCCCACCACUGUCUCGGCUCCAUCUGGUCCCAGAGGGAUAAGAAGCACAACAAGCACAGCGCGCCAACCAUUCGCGCCACUAUCACACAGUUCAACGCCGUGGCAGCCUGCGUGGUCAGCACAGUGCUGAAGCACAGACAGAUCAGACCACACGUCAGAGCGCGGGUCAUCCAGCGCUGGAUAGACAUCGCUCAGGAGUGUCGCAUACGCAAAAACUUUUCCUCUCUGCGAGCCAUUGUGUCUGCGCUGCAGUCCAACCCCCUGUACAGGCUGAAAAGAGCCUGGGCCUGUGUGCACAAAGACAGCAUGCAAACAUUUGAAGAACUCUCAGAUAUUUUCUCUGAUCACAACAACUACCUGACCAGCAGAGAGCUCCUCAUGAGGGAAGGCACUUCAAAGUUUGCCAGUCUAGAGAGUUGUGCCAAAGAGCACCAGAAACGCACACACAAGAGACUCCAGCUGCAGAAGGAAAUGGGAGCAAUGCAAGGAACAAUACCGUACUUGGGGACUUUUCUAACAGACCUGACGAUGUUGGAUACAGCUCUGCCUGACCUAGUGGAGGGUGGUCUGAUCAACUUUGAGAAGAGACGAAGGGAGUUUGAGGUGAUUGCUCAGAUCAAGCUGCUCCAGUCGGCCUGUAACAGCUACUGUCUGACUCCAGAGCCAGUGUUCCUGCGCUGGUUUAAGAGCCAGCCUCAGCUCAGUGAGGAGGAGAGCUACACUUUGUCCUGUGAGGUUGAAGGUCUUGGUGACAGCAGCCCAACCUUGCCCAAACCUCGAAAAAGCAUGGUGAAGAGACUGAGUCUUCUGUUCCUUGGAGCUGACAGCAGUGCAGCCAGUUCUCCGGUCAGAGAGACGCCACGAUCGCCCCCAACUGGCAGCUCAGGGGAGAGCAUGGAUUCAGUCAGCGUGUCGUCCAGUGACUCCAGCAGCCCGUCAGAUAACGAGGGCCUCACCCCAACACACAGCUCUGACUCCCAGCACAACAAGCUAUCAGAAUCCUCCUCAUGUACUUCACUCCACUCAAUGGACACCAGCUCAUCAACAGCAAGUGUCUCCAUGACUCCCGUGUCUCCUUCAAAUCCUGGGCCCCCCUGCACCCACAGACGCUCCAUCUCCCUCACUGCCAUGUCCCCCUGUUCCCCGAGUCAGACCCCAGCUUAUAACACCCAGGCCCAGGACACAUGCAUCAUCAGAGUCAGUCUGGAGCAGGGCAACGGGAAUCUCUACAAGAGCAUACUGUUGACCAAUCAAGACAAGACUCCGGCUGUAAUUUCACGAGCAAUGGCAAAGCACAACCUGGAAGUGGAGCCUGAGGAGGGAUAUGAGCUGGUACAAGUCAUCUCUGAGGAGAGAGAGCUUGUGAUCCCAGACAACGCCAACGUCUUUUACGCUAUGAACACCUCAGCCAACUUUGACUUCCUGCUGCGGGUGCGAGGCUCAUCAGGUCAGACCGUGCAGCUCAGAAGCCGGUGUAGCUCCACACUCCCUCGGGCCCAGCACCGGGCGACCAUGUCACUCCGACUCAGCAAAGUCACACUGUGACACUGACCCUGCAGGGAUGCCGCUGUUUCCCCUUGCACCACUAGUCCAGGACAAUACAAGGUGUAUACUUUUUGGUUUGUGGAAGAAGAGAGUGGAUGAGAAGCUCUGUGGAUGAUGGAUUUUUAGACACUUGAAGAGCUUACCCUGGACUGUGCCAUCUUCUCAUCCCUUUCAUCCCUUUAUCGUGCCUAAACAUUGAACAUGGACAUGUAGCGUGACUGCUGUGCCAGUGGGACUUGACUUUUAAUAGUGAUGCCUGUAACAGAGUAGAACAGCGACCCCUUGUGGCCUCUGCUCUUUGCAACUAUAGGUUUUUGCACAUGUAAUGGGAGCAGCCAAACUCCUGACCUCCAACAGUAUUCUUAUAUUGAAUGGACUUAUUAUUUCUGUCCUGUGAUGUCUGUGUAGCUGAAUAUUUUUUUUUGGUAACAGAAGUGUGAUGAAUGCAGAAAGAGAAGAAGGAUGGAAGGAAGAUUGGACUGCGCGUCAAGUCCUGUUGCCUUUUCAUAGAAUGAGUGGACCUCUUGCAGUAUUCUGAAUGACAUGAUUUGAUUGACGGGAGCUGUGAAGUCAUCGUUUUCCCCCAGUCGGACACAUUAAGAAGUGUUCAACCCCUCUCAUAUUGUGAGCUGUGUGACGAAUGCUGUGUGCGUUCUGAUUGGUUCCAUUACUUGGUUUUAACAAGUUCUUAUCCCAUUUGGAACAGCCUUACUGACCCUGUCUUCAGGGUGCAGAGACAACUUUUCUUUGCUGCUUUCUGAUCCAGGAAAAGUUUUCCUCACAUCCUUGCAUUUUCAGCAUGUUUGGAUAAAAAUAAAUGAAUAGAUUGUACAAGAACAGAGAGGAGGAGAGAACUGCUUCCUGGAAUAGAAAACACCUUAAAAGUGUCUCUUGCUGCAUACUUGUACCUCUUUGCCCUUCAUUAUAUGAACUAUAGAGUUGCACUUGUCCGUUGGUAACAAAAGCCGAUGGGAUGUGAAUACAGAAGAAUGAGCCAGCCGCUAUGUAAGUGGUUUCUCCCUCUUCACGUAAUGAAUAAUAGUCAUUUGUGUUUGUUAUUGUUGCUUUUUUUUUAUAUGUUUUUGUAACACAAUUCGGGCCAGAAAAAUCUGUGUCAGACUUGAGAGUGAUGAAGGACUUUUUUUUAGAAGUAAAUGUUAAAAUUCAGAGUGUCAUAAAACAAAAAGCCUGUGCCAGAAUCAACUGUGAUACAUUUGGAAACCUGUUCUGAGGGACACUUCACUUAAUCAUGCAAACAAAAGCCAAACAGCUCUUCACACAGUAAAUAACCAUCUGUUUUGUGUCAUAGGCACACUCCACCGUCAUCAGCAAAACUUCUCACCUGACACAUAACAGCAGAUAAACACCAUGAGAAACUGUUUUUCUCUAUUAGUUUCACUCCUGCAGUUCUCACAGUGCCGAUCUAAUGUGCCAAAAGCAAACGUGUGUGUAACCAGUUAAUGUCCCUUGGUUGAUGUUGUAGUCCUGGGAGAGCUGGUUCACUUAUGUUAAUUACCCAUUUGGACUAAUCAUUUGUCUCCAUGCAGCACUUCACUCUAAAUGUUCUCAGUCCCUGUUCUUCACUGCCAAAGACUCUUGCUCUACCUGAAUAAAUAAAUUAUUAUCAUUAUUA